AGUCCGAGCUGAAAUCGGAGCCGGCCAGAACGUGGGAAGGGGAGGAGGAUAAGGAGGAAGAGGGAGCCGUGAGGCCGGGAGAGGGAAGGAUCGAGGCCCGGCGCCGGGCGGCUCCGAACCUGCCACUUGGGUGGGGGAGGUAGCCCCGAGGAGUGCAAGGGCGCGGGACAGUGGGAUACUUCCCCGAGCCGAUCAGCCGUUCCACCCUCCCUCCUCGCUGCUCUCUUCCAAGGCCACCAGCCCGCACCCACCCUUCGGCGGGACCUGCUCGCUUGCCGGCGCCCGCCGCCCGGCGACGCCCGUGCUUCGCCGCCAACCCGGGACGUGCCCUGCACCCCCUGCCCACGGGACCCUCUUGGUUCCCCCUUUCUUCCCAGCUUCCCGAGCUUGCUGAGAAGUGACCCACCCUCCCCCCCGGGGAGGAGUAGGGAUAGGAUCGCUCCCGGCGCACCGAAACCGAGAGCGAGAGCGGGAGAGCCGGAGUGGGCGCCACACUGGGUAUUGUGUGUGUGAGUGAGUGAGUAGUGAGUGUGUGAGUGUGUGAGUGUGUGAGUGAGUGAGUGAGUGAGUGUGUGUGUACAGCCUAGCGUUUGUUUCGAAAACGCUCAGGGGAGGUCCUGUCCCUAGGGGGCGGAGCACAGCGGACAGAGGCCCCAGCUCGGUGCCGGGGCAGAGUCCCGUGGAAUCUCAUCACAGCUGGGGGCCGGCUGGACCAGGCGCCUGGCGAGGAGGCGGGCGCACUAAAAGGAGGCCCCUGCCCCGAGGUGUCGAGGUGCCCGGAGAAGCAGCUCACUUGCGUUCACGUCAGAGGAUCUGCAGGGCAGAAGCUUGGCUGCUGAGCUUGGGCACGCCACACGGCUAGCCCACCCCGCCCACCCCGUCGGACUGGGGUGCCCGGCCGGAGAGCGAGGUCCCCACUGCUGUACAGCCGGGAGACGUCGGCUGAGUCGGGAGCGCGCUCGCCUGCCCCUCCGCUGCCCCAGCGGAGCCAGAGAAGCUCGCAACAUGAGCGGCGGAGAAGUGGUCUGCUCUGGAUGGCUUCGCAAGUCCCCUCCGGAGAAAAAGUUGAAGCGUUAUGCAUGGAAGCGGAGGUGGUUUGUGCUACGCAGCGGCCGCUUAACCGGAGACCCAGAUGUCCUGGAGUAUUACAAAAAUGACCACGCCAAGAAGCCUAUCCGCAUCAUCGAUUUAAAUUUGUGUCAGCAAGUUGAUGCUGGCUUGACCUUUAACAAAAAGGAGUUUGAAAACAGCUACAUCUUUGACAUCAACACCAUCGACCGAAUUUUCUACUUGGUGGCAGACAGCGAGGAAGAGAUGAAUAAGUGGGUCCGUUGUAUUUGUGACAUCUGUGGGUUUAAUCCGACGGAAGAGGAUGUGAAGCACCCUGGCAGCUCCGUACCGGCGCCGGUGGAGUUGCCUUCAGCCGUAACGACGACCCCAGCAUCCGCCCAGGCGGACUUGUCCUCUGCUGCCCAGCCUCCUCCGUAUCAGCUCAUUAACCUUCCGCCCCAUCUGGAAACUCUUGGCGUCCAGGAGGAUCCUCAAGACUACCUCCUGCUGAUCAACUGUCAAAGCAAGAAGCCUGAACCCACCAGCCAAGGGUCAUCUUUUGUUUCUGAAGAAGGAGAGGAGUACCUACUACUAGAAGAUUUUGAAAGCAAAACGAUUCCAUUGCAAACACAUGCCGAUUCUGCAAAAUCCGCCUCUUCUGAAACAGACUGCAACGAUAACGCCCCUUCUCAUAAAACCCCAGCUUCCUCCCAGAGCAAACACGGAGUGAAUGGCUUCUUCCAGCAGCAAAGCAUGUACGACUCCCCGCCGCCGCGUGCGGCGUCCGUUUCCAUAGACUCCAGCCUUUAUUACCUGCCCAGGAGUUACUCCCAUGACGUUUUACCAAAGGUGUCUCCGUCGAGUACCGAAGCGGAUGGAGAACUCUAUGUUUUUAAUACCCCGUCUGGGACAUCGAGUCUAGAGACUCAACUGAGGCACGUGUCUGUUAGUUACGACAUUCCUUCCACACCUGGUAACACUUACCAGAUUCCACGAACAUUUCCCGAAGGAGCCCUGGGACAGUCGUCCAAGCUAGACCCUAUUCCAGAUAUUCCUCCACCGCGGCCGCCGAAACCACACCCGGCUCACGACCGGUCCCCGGUGGAGACCUGCAGCGUCCCGCGCGCCACCUCGGACCCCGACAGCAGUUACUGCGUUCCGACCGCGGGGGCGCCGCCGUCCCGCAGUAACACCAGCUCCACCAUGGAGCUGAACAAGCUGCGGAAAGAUGCUAGUUCUCAAGACUGCUACGAUGUUCCACGAACAUUUCCAAGUGGUAGAUCUAGUUCACUCGAAGGCUUCCAUAACCACUUCAAAAUCAAAAAUGUGUUGACAGUGGGAAGUGUCUCAAGUGAAGAGCUGGAUGAAAAUUACGUCCCAAUGAAUCCCAACUCUCCUCCACGGCAACAUUCCAGCAGUUUUACAGAACCCAUUCAGGAAGCAAAUUACGUGCCCAUGACUCCGGGGACGUUUGAUUUCUCUUCUUUUGGAAUGCAAGUGCCUCCGCCUGCUCACAUGGGCUUCCGGUCCAGCCCAAAGACCCCUCCCAGAAGGCCCAUACCUGUUGCAGACUGUGAACCGCCCCCCGUGGAUAGGAACCUCAAGCCAGACAGAAAAGGUCAAAGUCCUAAAAUUUUAAGACCCAAACCCCAUGGUUUAGAGCGAACCGAUUCACAAACCAUGCGUGACUUUGCCACGAGAAGAAAGGCCAAGCCAGCACCGUUAGAAAUAAAACCUCUGCCAGAAUGGGAAGAAUUACAAGCCCCAGUUAGAUCUCCCAUCACUAGGAGUUUUGCUCGAGACUCCUCCAGGUUCCCCAUGUCACCCCGACCCGACUCGGUGCACAGCACAACUUCAAGCAGCGACUCGCAUGACAGCGACGAGAAUUAUGUCCCCAUGAACCCCAAUCUCUACAUUGAAGACUCGAAUCUCUUUGGCAGUAACAGUCUGGAUGGAGGGAGCAGCCCUAUGAUCAAGCCCAAGGGAGACAAGCAAGUGGAAUACCUCGAUCUAGACUUAGAUUCUGGGAAAUCCACACCACCACGCAAACAAAAGAGCAGUGGCUCGGGAAGCAGCGUGGCCGACGAGAGAGUGGAUUACGUUGUGGUCGACCAACAGAAGACCCUCGCUCUGAAGAGCACCCGGGAAGCCUGGACAGAUGGGAGACAGUCCACAGAAUCUGAAACGCCAACCAAGAGUGUGAAGUGAAAAUAUUGCUCUGCUGUGUCUGAACAAAAGAGAACUGAAUUGUGAAGCUAAAUCCUGAUCGACCGAAGAUGACUUGACACGUCUACUCUAGGUAGAUCCUCAGCUGAGUAGAGUGGAAGUCCAAGGACCUUUCCGACAUAAUCAAGCAAUUGAGACUGUCAAUGGUGCUUUGUGGUAUCCGAACAAUUCAUCACGUGUAGAUAAUGUGGGAAAAUAGGAUUGUGUAGCUCCCAGGAAAAAAUUGGUUCUGUAGUUAACACACUUGUAGUAUUACUGUAUUUAUGCACUUUUUCAUUUAAAACAUUGGUUGGGGUAUUCCCAAAUGUACCUUAACAUAAUUCCUUUGGGAGUUGUUGUUUUUCUUCACACUACUCUAUAUAACAGUACUAAGUUAACUAAGCUACUUUUAUAUUUGGGAAUUGCUCUUUAAACUUCAGUGUAUGUAACAUUAAGACAAGAAGUAGAUUCACAAUUUACCUUUCUACCUGAACCUUCAGGUGGUAAUCAUUAAACUACAGAGUAUAGUUGGACUCAUCAUUCAUUGCCUUCCACAGUCCUAAGGAUCAUGUACAUACUGGUAUUUGGACCUAGUUCUCUGGUUCAUGUUAGUCUUUAGUGGAAGAACUUGACUACAUUUUGUUAAUUACAGUAUUCUUAGUUCACUGGGUGAAGAUUCUGCCAGGUGGGAUCUUGUACCUCGGGAAGACUGAGUAGUUACACUGCCCAGUGUACCUGCAGAUCACGGAUGGCAUGAGGCGGUGAUGUGCUCUCACACUUGUUAACGUGUAUUCAACUGUACAUUAUUUGCAACACGUAGUUUAUGUAACUAAUCAGGUACGUACCAGGCACUAACGUGCUACUUCACUGAUCAGGUUUAGACAGCUUUAGUCGUAUUCUCGUGAGUCCUAUGUUUGGGUUCCACUUUGGAAUUAAUGAGACAGUUGACAUUCACUGUUAGUUAUAGCAACAUACUGUGAUUUUUUAAUUAGACAGUAAUUCAGAUUUAUUACUCUAAGAAUGAAAUUCUAUCUUUUGACACCAUAGUGCCCUUUCUAUGAUUUUUCUUAACUUUACUUAAUAUUCUUCUUGGCCUUAUAUUUAAAUCCCUAUGCAAUUAAUAUUUUAUACCCGCAUUUAAAAAAAAUAGAUGUUAUGUAAGUGAUUCUCGUAUGUAGCACCUGUUGCUUUUCCAGUAAAAAGAAAAUAAGUAUUUUGUACUGUGAUUUAUAUUCACUGUCUCAGUUCAGGAAAUAUGGGAGCCUUGCUCUAAUGUGAAAUCUAUAGUCUUGGACCCCUUUCAGCCAGAUUUCUGAAACCACCAGAGGAAUUGUAUAAUUCUGUCUCACCUGUAACAUCAUUUUGUGACAUGGAUUUCAAGACCACCAAUUAUAGCGAGGCUACAAUUAUAUUGUCUGUCUUGGCUUUGCUAAGUAAUUUAGAAAGCAGAUAGAGUUGUUUGUUUUUUAACUAAGUGACAUGCAAUCUCUUCUGUAUUGAUUUUGAGACCUGCUAACAGUUUUUAGAGGGGGCAUUGAGAGAGGAGUGCCCACCGCUGAGGCGUGACGCCCCCCACGCAGACCCCUGCUGCCCGAGACGCAGGCGCCCUGAUCCCUGGCCUCACGGCAGGCAGUGAACCUGCUCAGUGCAGUGGGUUUACCUCCCUGAUCCACAAACUAAAAAUGUUCGUGACCAGAUGAAUUGUAAACUGGUAACAUUUGAUACUUUUAAAUGUUUGCUUCUUUUUAAACGACACCUAAAAUGCAGAAGUGAAUUUUGGAUUUUUAAAUAAAAAAGAUGAUUUGAA